AUGUAUAACAGCGGAAUUUCGGGAGGGGGAUUUGCCCUCGUUCGACUUCCAAACAACACAUACGAGAUGGUUGACUUCCGUGAGAGGGCACCGGGAUCUGCUAGCGAAAAUAUGUUUGUGAACAACAAGAAUGCGUCCCAAGUUGGGGGAAGAGCUAUUGCGGUUCCCGGGCAGCUACGUGGUCUUAAUCAUAUUCUGAAACGAUAUGGGAGGCUAAGUUGGCAAACCGUUAUUCAACCCGCCAUUGAGGUGGCUGAUAGCGGAUUUAUUUUUGGGCAUGACAUGGAGUGGAUGGUGAACUGGACAUUGAAAAACGCUCCAUUGUUAAAUCCGGCCCAGCCAAAUCUUUUUGUUCAGGAUCCAGCCUGGCAGCCGGACUUUGCUCCCAAUGGGAAACUUCUGAAGCGGGGAGAUAUCAUGACCAGGAAGAGAUAUGCAGAAGCUUUACGAAACAUUUCAAGGAACGGCGCCGAAGACUUUUAUACCGGUUCAACUGCCAAAACCAUGUUACGCGCAAUAAAAAACCACGGUGGUAAUAUGACGGAGAGAGAUCUUAUGGGUUAUUUCGUUGUCCACCGGAGGACACGACAGGUUCAAUACCGGAAUUACACCUUGACCAGCACAGUUGCUCCUAGCAGCGGGACAGUUCUACUCAACAUUCUUGAAGUUUUGAACAAUUACGACGACUUCUUCACAAAUACGUCAACAAGAGAUUUAAGUACUCAUCGGAUGGUCGAGGCCAUCAAGUUUGGAUAUGCUUAUAGAAACUCUUUCGGUGAUCCAGCAUUUGUUCCAAACAUUACCAAUCUGGAGAGCACGAUGUUAUCUCAAGCCCGAAUUCAAAAAAUCUAUCGUAACAUUGAUGAUAAUAGUGUUCACACGAACGUCAGCUUCUACGACCCUGACCAUAAGUGGACUCCAGAAUCGUUUGGUACGUCACAUAUGGUGACAGCUGAUAAGGAUGGCUUGACUUUCUCCCUCACCACGACGACAAACCUUCCCUUUGGUAGUCAUGUUAUGGUUCCUGAGACGGGAAUUACUUCUCUACUCCCAACACCACUAACGCAUUCGGCUAUCCUGCUAAUCCGAACAAUUUCAUCAAACCCGGAAAACGCCCUCUGUCCUCUAUCUCACCAAAUUGCCACCCGCGAUGACGGCAGCUUUGUAUUUGCCACCGGGGCUGCUGGGGGAAGCCACAUCCCUACCACAACUUUACAGACCCUGAUUCAUGCUUUGGAUGAACAUUUAUCGCCAAGCCUAUCCCUAGGUCGCCCACGCCUCCAUCACCAACUGUUCCCGAACUAUAUUGAAAUUCCAGAUACUUACAACAAUGCCACUGUCGAGUCUCUGAGAAAACGCAAACACGAAAUAAAGAAAGUGGACGAGUGGAGCUAUGCACAAGCGAUCUUUCGAUCCGAGCAAGGUCAAUUUAUAGCUGCAGCAGAGCCAAGACAGCUUGAGUCAGGGGCGUUCGCGGUCUAA